UAAUAUAAUAAAAAUGGCGGCUACGAUUUGGGGCCAAUGGGGCGAAUCGCUGUCACAUAUUUUUAUUUCGUAGAGAAUAUUGUUUUGUGCCUAAAUAUCAAUAAAAGUUUAGCGUUGGAUGUGACUGAGAUGGUCUACUUUGUUACCUGCUACUAUUCCACAGAAAUCCCUAAAGGAGAGGCAAAUAAUUAAGAUGGAACAGGACGACGAAAUAAAGUCCGGUUGUUUAUUAUUCCCACCCGCCGGAGGGAAUAUGUUCAGUAAAUUUCCAAAAAAGAAAAACUGGCAACAUAAGUAUUGUAUACUCUUCAAUGCAAGUAAACAAGGAAUUGAACGACUUGAAAUUUACGACCAGAAAGAAGAAGUCACAUCUGGUGCUAUUCCCAAGAUUAUUACACUUGAAAAUUGUAUAAAAAUAACACACUCUAGUCCAAACAUGAUCACUAUCUUGACAAAGUCUGUCACACAACAAGUUAGUGCUCAGUCAGAAGCCGAGACUUUAGAAUGGGUGACAGCACUGCAAUCUGUGGCUUUCAGGAGCAGAGAUUCAAAUCCAAUCAGCUGUGAUGAAGACAAUGACUUAUAUUGUUCUUCUGGGGAAGGAGUAUUCUCUGUAAAGAUGUGCCCAUCAGAAGCGUCAACUAGAUGUGGUUUUGAACCAGUGAGGUAUUUACUAUUGCUUACUGCCACAGCUAUAGAGUUAAGGGACAUUAAUGACAAUAAGCUGUAUGCAACAUGGCCAUAUAGAUACAUAAGAAGGUAUGGCUACAGACAGGGUAAAUUCACUUUUGAGGCCGGUAGGAAAUGUGAUACAGGAGAAGGGAUAUUUCAUUUGGAACAUCCAAACCAGUCUGAGAUUUUCAAAUGCCUUUCCUUGAAGAUGAAAACUAUGAAGCAGAUGAUUGGCAGUGACAAUCUGAACAGCCCCGAACACAGUGAAUUUAAUAUUCAAUCAUCAGCAAAUAUGUUCCCAGGGUCAAGAAGUCCAUUGGUUGCUGCAAGACCUGAUGAUCUGAACUUGAGUUCUCUUUCAUUUAAAACAGCUUCAGUUUCAAGUCAACAGAGCUCAGUAUCUGAAAGGGAUACUGCUCCACUUUUGAUGCCUAAACCUGCUCUGAAACCUAAGCCACAAAAACCGCCUCGUAAGGUCAUUAAUCUCCAUAAAUCAAGUAGCAAAGAUCUGCAAUCUUCUACUGAUGACAGUAUAGAUUUUGGCAGAUUCAAAAAACUUGAAGGUUACAAGGAUUUGCCAAGUUCAACGGAUGAAAGUAUAGACUUUGGGAGAUAUAAAAAGCUUGAUAACUAUGAGCCUAUUGACCAGGUAAAAAGGGAAAGUCCUCCCUCUGUGCCAUAUGAUAAAGUUGAAGUACGGAGUGAUGCUUGGAAAACUCUAGGUAUUGAUGACCCUGACCACACUGAAUACACUCCCAAUUUAUCUGAUAAUCCCAAUUGUUUGAAACUUAUAUCAAGAUCUCAAGACAACUUGAACUGUCAUGGGCCUGAAGCAUCUAGGAUCAUACUUUUGCCAAGUCCAGCAGUAGACCCUGAGGAUGAAAACUAUGAUAGGUUACAAUACUUUGGUUCCACAAGUAAACUCAAUAAGUCAUCACGUUACAAAAAGAUUGAGGCAAGGCCAAGUACUUUAGCACUAGGAGAGCCCAAAAGCAAGGAUACUUGGAAUGAUUAUGAUGAAGUUGAGAAUGUUAUGCAAACUGCAAGAUUGGCUGAUGAUUCUCAUCUGGGUUAUGGUAUGAUUAGGAAACCAAACACUCCUGGACCUCAAGUGCCAACUGCGGCUCAGGCUCAAGUUUUACAAAAUACGGUGGGACUGGAAGAAGUAAACCACAACAAUUGUAACGGCACUGAUUAUGCCAUUGUGAGCCGUCCGAAAAGAGUUUAAGCUUGUUGAGUUUGGAGAUGACACUUUUUAAAGACUGAAUCUUGAUCGAUCUAAUCACUCAAAAGUUUUAACAAUAUUUUUAGGCAAAGUGAAUUGGAUUUUUGUGUAGUUAAGCAAUGUUCCAUGGUGGCUAAACUCUUGAGACUGUAUUUUGCAUUCCCAUUUUUUAUAUAAUUUGAUAUUGAGUGGACCAGUGUAUACUAGUAUGUAUGUACAUGUUUUAAAAUGCACAAGUAUUUUAUUCAUAAGAGAUUAUGUAAAUGAUAAAAUGUGAUUAUACUGUGCCUUAUAUUUAGAGUAGUAUUUCGAAUAUGCAUCGAAUAUUAAUGUUAACCAGCUUGUGCCAAUUUGAAAAUGGUUAAUUUUAGGUAAAAGUGGAUAUAUUUUAGUAAACUCUCUACUUAAAGUUUAUAUUUUGUAAGCAUGUACACCAUUUUGUAAGUAUUAAGUUGGCCAUAUUUUUGUGAUUAUAAUCUCACUAUGUCGUCGAUAAAUAAAUCAUAUAUUCGCAA